CAAUUGGAGCGGCAUUUAUCAAGAAUCUUUUUACCCCCCACCGUAUUCAUGGUCGCUCCUAACAAUACACGAUUCACAAUGGCGAUCACCAAAUCUUCCUCGAUCCUGAUCGUCGGCGCUGGUACCUGGGGUUGCUCGACUGCCCUUCACCUGGCUCGCAGAGGUUACACCAACGUAACCGUCCUAGAUCCCUACCCUGUCCCAUCCGCCAUUUCCGCAGGAAAUGAUGUCAACAAAGUCAUUUCCUCCGGUCAAUACAGCAACAGAAAGGAUGAGAUCGAGGUGAACGAAAUUCUGGGAGAACAAGCUUUUCAGGGCUGGAAGAACGACCCUCUCUUCCAACCAUACUAUCACGAUGUCGGUCUUCUCAUGUCAGCUUGCACCUCAGCUGGCCUGGACCGCCUUGGUGUUCGAGUGAGGCCUGAAGAGGAUCCAAACAUGGUUGAGAUGUCGCGCCCAGAGCAGUUCCGUGAUCUGGCGCCUGCUGUACUCAAGGGUGAUUUCCCUGGCUGGAAGGGUUACUUCCUUCGCUCCGGUGCCGGUUGGGCCCAUGCUCGAAACGCUUUGGUUGCGGCCGCAAAGGAAGCACAAAGACUGGGGGUCAAAUUUGUUGCUGGAUCACCGGCCGGCAGAGUCAUCACUCUGGUUUUCGAAAACAACGACGUCAAGGGUGCCGUAACUGCAGACGGCAAGAUCUGGCGUGCGGAACAGACGAUCCUGUGCGCUGGUGCAAAUGCAGGACAAUUUUUGGAUUUCAAGGACCAGCUGCGUCCGACUGCAUGGACGCUCGUACACAUCGCCUUGAAGCCCGAGGAGCGUGCGCUCUACAAGGACAUGCCGGUCAUCUUCAAUAUCGAAAAGGGCUUCUUCUUUGAGCCGGAUGAGGAGCGUGGCGAGAUCAAGAUCUGUGAUGAGCAUCCAGGAUACACGAAUAUAGUCCAAUCACCAGAAGGAAAGCUACAGAGUCUUCCCUUCGAGAAAACUCAGGUCCCCUUGGAGUCCGAGAAGAGAGUUCGUGCACUUCUCAGAGAGACCGUGCCUCAGUUGGCAGACCGUCCAUUCAGCUUCGCAAGAAUCUGUUGGUGUGCUGACACCGCAAACCGCGAGUUCAUCAUUGACCGUCACCCCCAACAUAAAUCACUCAUUCUGGGGUGUGGUGCUUCUGGCAGAGGCUACAAAUACCUACCAUCCAUCGGAAGCCUGAUCGUUGAUGCCUUGGAGGACAAGGUUCCUCAGAAGAUCCAUGAGCUCAUAAAAUGGAGCCCCGAGAUUGCUUCGGACAGAAACUGGAAUGACACCCUGGGCCGCUUUGGAGGGCCCAACAGAGUUAUGGACUUUCAUGAGGUCAAGGAAUGGACCAAUGUACAGCAUAGAGACAUCUCCAAGUUGUAAGAAUAAUG